AGAGCCCUGAAAACACGACGCAGACAAGCGAAGCUCCGUAGGCAUCGUGCCACGCGAGAUUAUUGCACGCCUUUCUUUGAUCGAGCCCGUUUACUAUUAAUUCUUUCUUCUUUUCGUCGGGAUCCAUCAGCGUGCAAGAGCGCGCGUAGUCGCCUGUUUAUCGCCGCCGGUAGCGAUUGCCCGUCGCUGAUGCAAGUUCCCCCAUGGAAGAGCCGGGAGUGUCUCUGCGGCCGACCGGUUUGACGCACUCGGCGGCGACGACGGGCACCAGCGCGGUUCGCUUGGUCCCCCGCGGCGCAACGGGUGAACGUCGUUAAGCCGUACGUGCUAGAGCGCGCGUUCGCGCUAUUUCUGAGUGUCCUACCGGUGAGACCAUGCCGUUGACAUCGCCAGCGAGAGCAGCGGUCGUGACCGCCACGGUGGUCUUGAUCUGGCUAGCAACUGUAGACGCCGCGGUGAGAGUGAGGAGGCAGUCGUGUCGAGCGAGGCACCUAACCCGAGUCGACGAGACGACGGACGGUCGCUGCAUGCCCUUGCACGAAUGCCUAGAGUCGCUGAAGGACGUGGGAAGACUCAAGUUCCCCAUGUUCUGCGGUGUGCGCGUCCUGCUGCCCAUUGUGUGCUGCCCGAACAAGGACCCUCCUCGAACGCCUGCCCCUGCUCCAGCAACUCGUCCGCCACCGGUGCCAACUCCAGACCGCUCUCAACCAGUCGUCCGAGAACCGCCUGCAGGGACUCCGUGCACGGUGGCUGAGUCCGGCCAGCCGGGCGCGUGCGUUCCCCUGGAUAGUUGCGGGCCACUGCAGGACCAGAUUCGCCAGAAGAAGUUCCCGUCGCUGUGCGACCUGAAGGAGGGCGUCGCGUACGCCUGCUGCCCGCGAGCCCAGCCGCCGGUCCAGAUGGCGAUCACGACCACUCCACCCACUCGAACACCUCUGGACAGAGCCGUAAAGAUCGCCGGACUCAAGUACGAGAACGGAAAAUACUGUGGCAAGACUCCUAGUAAACCUGGUCACAUCGACUUCAGACCAGUCGUGAAAGGUGGAAAGGACGCCGAGCUUGGGUCCUAUCCAUUUAUGGUGGCCGUAUUCCGGGACAAUGUGAGGGUACUGAACUUCUGGUGCGGAGGAACCUUAAUUUUGGGAAGGGUGGUCCUAUCGGCUGCUCACUGCUACUAUGGUGACUUGCAUGACACGCGAUACGUAGUCCGCAUCGGAGGCGUCAGCAUAUCCGACGGCAGCACCGAGCCGUUCGUGGAGCGCCAAGUGGAAUCGGUUCACGUGCACCCGGACUACGACGAGGAGUUUCACUACAACGACGUGGCGCUUCUCUUCCUCAACCGAUCGGCGCAGCAGUACAUCAAGAAGCCGGUCGCCUGCCUGCCCGAGCCUGGCUCCACGCCUGAUUCGCAACAACUCACCGUGCUCGGCUGGGGACACGAUGAUUUCGGGGGAAAACUGCAGACGAUUCUCCAGGAGGCCAGGAUACCACUCGUCGACAAUCCGUCUUGUGAACGGGCCUACAAGAAACUGGACUCGUACGAGACCAAGUUCCCUCGCGGAAUCAACGACGACUUUCUAUGUGCCGGCAACAUCACGGACGGUGGUGUCGACGCCUGCCAGCAAGAUUCCGGUGGACCGCUGGUGAUGAACACCACCCGGGACGGGCGUAACUUCUUCGAAACCAUCGGCAUCGUCUCGUUCGGUGUCGGUUGCGGGUCCGCCGCCUACCCUGGCGUCUACACGAGAGUCUCAAAAUACGUGGACUGGAUAUUCAACGUCAUGGCAGACGUGAUACCGGACAAGCAAAUAUAUGUUUAAUUUAAUAAAAGUGUGGCGCGCUA